CUUAAUCAAACCCGAAGGAAUUCUCUUUGCAGGCGCUUUCAUGUUGAUACUGACCGUCAAAGAAACACAACCCCCAGCCGUGACAUUUUCCUCCCGCCAUGAGGCUGAUCAAUGUUCACACCGGCCAGCUCGAGGAGCCCAAGGGCCCACCGCCGUAUGCUAUUCUUUCUCAUACAUGGGGGGACAGCGAAGUUUCGUUUCGCGACUUGAAUCACCCAGACGUCGAAAGCCGCCCACAAUACGCCAAGAUUAGACAUUCGAGACGCCUCGCUGCGAGUCGGAACCUCGAUUAUGUCUGGAUCGACACCUGUUGCAUUGACAAGAGCAGCAGCGCCGAACUUUCCGAGGCCAUCAACUCCAUGUUUGAGUGGUACAAGAAUGCCGAGGUGUGCUUUGCUCACAUUGAAGAUCUCCCCUCUGGCGGGGAUACAUGUACCGAAGGCGAGCUGGGGAGAUGCCGCUGGUUCACAAGAGGGUGGACGCUUCAGGAGCUCAUCGCUCCAAAAGAAGUACGCUUCUAUGACCAGAACUGGGAGGACAGGGGCACCAAACAAAGCCUCCGGGACAUGGUGUCCCACGUGACAGGCAUAAGGAAGGAUAUUCUCCUCGGCGCAGCCCGACUCGACGAUAUUUCCGUCUCCGAGAGGAUGUCGUGGGCGGCACAUAGGAACACGACGCGUCGAGAGGAUAUAGCCUACAGCCUCCUUGGGAUCUUCGACGUCAACAUGCCCCUGAUAUACGGCGAGGGUGGCAAAGCCUUCAUACGACUCCAAGAAGAGAUCAUCAAGCGUACCAAUGACCUAAGCCUUUUCGCAUGGGACGCCCGAGAUAUCACGGAGCCCUAUUGUGGCAUCUUGGCCGAUUCCCCUGCUAGAUUCCACGACUCUUCCCGGGAGCUCUCGCGCAUAUCCUGGGCGCAGUCCGUGUCAGACUUCGCCAUGACCAACAACGGCUUGCGCAUGACAGUCCAACUCUGGGUGCCUUACCAACCGCAGCGAUGCCAAACCAGCUUUCCCGGAUAUUUCCUAUGCCUCAAUCAAUGGAGACAAAAUGGUCAUCAAUAUCGCAGAGACCGGGCAGUCGGCUUAUUCCUAGCAAAGGUCGGACGAGGGCGUUUUGUUCGAAUUUCCCACACGUCCUUGACACCUAGGUUGGGCGAACCUCAACUCUCGGACGAGAAAUACAAGCUCCAGACCAUCUACAUUGCUGCUUCAUACUGGCCCAGAACCGCUGCCCUGGGAGUCUGCGAAUCGGCUCGCAUUCAAGUUCAUUUCCGCCUGCCGGAAAUCUUCAACAUAACCUGCGUCGCUCCAAGUGCCAGUUGGGAUGCCUUUAACCGCUUGUUUUUCUUCGAUUCUGGUGUCUCGGGCUGUAGCGGUAUUGCCUGUGUCUCAGGAGUGAUCGAAGAUGAAGGAGGGAAAGGGAAAAUAUUCAUCAGAUUCGGGGUCACUCUUGAGGAAAACUCUACCUUGACGGGUCUGCGCUGGGUCUGUUGGAUGUUCAAGUGGGACAGUGAUGAUCUGGACGCUUUCUUCCAGGAAAACCCCGCUAUACUCACUCGAGAUGUGUGGGCCGCCCGCGCUCCGGUGCUCCCUUUCCGCCGUGGUAGGGUGGAGUGUCUCUUCUAUGACUUGUGGUCAUACAAACUUCGCAUCUCGGUUUCGAUUUCGGAGCACGUCAUGCCAUCGAUAUCUUCAGAGCCAAUUCCAACUAUCAUCAUUGAAGCUUCGACGUGGAAACCAACAUUAUCCGAGACGGAGGAGUGGACACCUAUAUGCUAGCUUUUGGGAUGGGGAGAGGAGGAGGUAUCUUUGUGGAUGUUUUUGAUGUACUGUACUGUACGAAGUAUGGAUAGCAUCAUUAGCAUCCUCAUUGUAUUGUACAAGGGAUGUACAUACAUUUACAGCCGGUCAGAUGGGCAGGCCUAGCCGCCGAAGACACCACAGCCAGGAUGUGGCCCCGACUGGACUCAUCAAUUCGUAGGUAGCGCCACUCUGGAGCUUGCGUUGGCAUUUGGUGCCUGCCGCCUCCAGGCCGAAGCGACUUGCGUGACCAGCAAUGGUCUUAUGCAUAAGAGCUGCCGAUGUCGUUCAAGGCGGUUGUCGAGACUUCAAAGAGCCUUACAUGGUAACUCUCGAUUCCCUCUUUCCUAAAGGCCCGUUUGUUCUUGCCGUGUCGGGUGGCUUCCGGAAGGCGACCCGAGUCCUGGGGCCGCAACUUAGGUACCUAUUGCAUAUCCAACAGACCGUUCUAUGGAUCUUUGGAUUUGACGCGAUUCAC